GCGCCAAACGUUGUGGCAUAUAAAGCUGUGGGUGGGUUGGACGAAGCCAGUUUGUUUGGAACGCCAGACGAAACCGCCGCCGGAAUGCAGAGUGCCACAGUCUUCUUCCUCGCACUGGUCGCCGUGGUGGCCGCAGGAGGUCAGUUCUACGUGCCCCGCGCAUACUACACCAUAGACGCGGAGGGCCACGCGUCGCACCCGGUGCCUUUGCGGCGCCUCCGCCGUUCUUUCAACCCUUACGGCAGUGAGGCCAAUGCCAACGCUAAUGCCAACGCUGAAGCCAACAGCUGGGGAGGUGGUUCAGCCAGCGCCAACGCGAAUGCCCACGCUAACGCUAACGCGGGUUCAGGCGGCGGCUGGGGCCUGCCAUCCUUCAGAAACUAUGGCUCUGCAAACCCAAACGCACUAAGGCAUUAAAGGCGGCUGCAACGUAACUAGACUAACUUGGUGUUGGCUCAUCCAUCCUGAACGAGAAUUUUCCACCAGUUGCACGCCUGCGCGCGCACAGCCUGCGUCCGCCACCGCGGUGCAACUGCCGGAAGAUACAAAUAUUUAUUGUAAUUAAUAUUUUAGGAUAAUAAAUGUGAUUUAAUAGUUGCGAAGUGAUAA